UAGGCCUCCAUGAGCAUUGCCCAGCCGCGGUUGUUGGUCACUGUGACAACACUACUGACAGCCUCGCAGGGACCAUUCCCGUUCAACACUUUGGACUGCUACCACCACUCUGUCUCCCCUCCUUCUCUCUCUCUCUCUCUUCUCUCUCUCUCUCUCUAAACAGCGAUUCGAUUUGAUCCGGUUCGGUUGGGCUCUCAGCAAAACCCAAAGCUUGGUGCCGUAAACUACAGAAUUUGUGCGAGUUAGUGUUUUCUGAUUUAUCUGGCGAAGCCUUGCUCGAUUUUUCUCGGCAACCAAACGGAGUGCGAGAGCAUAAAGUUUCAAAAUUUACUUGAUGUUAAGAGGGCUCUAAAUGGAGAUGCCAUCAAAUGAAAAUUCACAGCCCUCAAUGAAUUCUACCAGUGAUGCUGAUCAUCAACAGGAGGCCAUGCUUUCCGACGGCGUAGAUAAUCUAGGUAAAGAGUCGAAGCUGGAGGUUUCUGAAACAGAAGUUAGAGGCAUACUACAAGUUAUUGCAUCCACCGGGAAAUUUUGGCAUGAUUGGGACAAAUUAAUGAGCAUGCUAUCCUUUCAACUGAAGCAGGUUCUGUUGGAUUAUCCUGAGGAAGAAAUGGCGAGUGAGCAGCAAAUUGCUUCUCUAGGAGAAACCUAUCCUGAGCUGGUGAAGAGGUUGGAUGAAGCUCUUCAUAGUUUUACUGAAGGUCCUCCGUUUACCCUUCAGAGGCUUUGCGAGAUCCUAUUGGAUGCAAAAAGAAUCUAUCCAAAUCCCUCAAAGCUUGCUCUUGCAUUAGAAAAGAAUCUAUUGGUGACGUCUAUGAUGCUGACAGCCUCAACGGAUCCAUAUCCACAAUCCACGGUGCAAAAUUCAGUUGAACCAGACAAAGCAAUUGAAGAAGCUAAAAUUCACUCUGAUUCAGUAGCGCAAAAUGGGGUGGAACCUAUGGUAAGCGGCGAUAUGGAUCAAGUUAUGUCAGAGGUAGAGCAAGCUGAUAUCGAUAAUGAUAUGACCAUCGCCAUGGAAGCUUUUGAAGAUAUAGUGGGAUCAUCAGACGCAAAUUCAGUGCAGACCAAUGAUUCUUAGUUUUCCGGCGAUGUGGUUGAGAGCUCGUCAGUUCCGGCUUUACCUGAUGUAGUUGGUAGUAACAGUUUUUCUGAUGCUUUGUUUUAACGCAUUUGUUGAGCAACUUUAUAUUGCCCGCUUGUACAAUGCCUUUGCUAUUGAUUUAACGUUUUGUGCA